AACUACAACACACACACAUACACACACGUACCCACGGACGGACACGCACACACGAAUAAUACGCACACACACACACACACACACACACACACGCACACGACGAGGAGACGAGUCGACAAAUUAUAAUCAACACACAAUCAACAUGGCCGCUAUGCGCCUUGCUGGAUGGACGACUGGACAAUGACCACAGCCGCCACACGUUUACCCGUCGCGUCGUCGCCGCUGUCGCCCGUGUCCUGUUGACACCACCGCUGCGCGUCCGUGAUCCGUCUGUCGCCGCAACUCAGCCACUGCUGCUGCUGCUGCUGCUGCUGCUGUCGCCGCCGUCACCACCACCAUCACUAUCACAAUCACUACCAUCACCACCACCAGAGCAGCUCCGCACCACGCUUUGGGUGUAUUAGAUGAUCGACGAGCGAUGGAACUGAGGGUUGGCAAUAAAUACCGGCUGGGACGGAAAAUCGGUAGCGGUUCGUUUGGCGAUAUCUACCUUGGUACAAAUAUUUCUACAGGAGAAGAAGUAGCAAUUAAAUUAGAAUGUAUAAAAACGAGGCAUCCCCAAUUGCACAUAGAAUCCAAAAUUUACAAAAUGCUUUCAAGAGCACCUGGAAUACCUAUAAUAAAAUGGUGCGGUUCCGAAGGAGAUUACAAUGUUAUGGUAAUGGAAUUGCUAGGUCCAUCAUUAGAGGAUCUUUUCAAUUUUUGUUCCAGAAGAUUUUCAAUAAAAACUGUGCUACUAUUAGCUGACCAAUUGCUGGAUAGAAUAGAGUAUAUACAUAGUAAAAACUUCAUACACAGGGAUAUCAAGCCAGACAAUUUUCUAAUGGGUUUGGGUAAACGUGGCAAUUUGGUGUAUAUUAUAGAUUUUGGUCUUGCAAAGAAAUAUUGCGACAGCCGAACCAAUGAACAUAUAAUGUAUCGAGAGAACAAAAAUCUCACUGGAACUGCUCGAUAUGCUUCCAUAAAUACCCAUUUAGGAAUAGAACAAAGUCGAAGAGAUGAUCUAGAGUCUCUUGGUUAUGUAUUAAUGUACUUUAAUCGUGGUUCUUUGCCAUGGCAAGGUUUGAAAGCAGCUACUAAACGACAAAAAUAUGAACGUAUCAGUGAAAAAAAAAUUGUAACUUCAUUUGAGGAUUUAUGCAAAGGAUAUCCAAAUGAAUUUUUAACAUACUUGCUAUAUUGUCGUGCAUUGAGAUUCACCGAAAAACCAGAUUUUACUUAUUUAAGGCAAUUAUUUAGGCAGUUGUUCCAUCGUCAAGGGUUUACGUACGACUAUAUUUUCGAUUGGAAUAUGUUGAAAUUUGGAGCAAAUGGUGCUCGAUAUAGUGGAUCAGAUGAUCAAAAGAAUGCCUCGCAUCAAGAUAGCAGACGUGCAAUGCAAGACAGUAGCUCUCCUUCUACUAACGUCGUUCCACUAAAUAGUCGCGCCCAAGCUGAUCAAAGUGGUAUAAAGAAUUUUUUAUCCAAAGUUCCUCUGGUACCAAUGGAUAAUUGUUCAGGAGGUGGUGUUAUUCAACCAUUACCAACAAGAUUGCGUUACAGUGCGGAUCCUGGUUCAGCGCGACCAGUGAGAACUCAAACUCGAAGCUCAGCAAUGGCAACAUCUGACUCGCCUUCUGUUACUCAGCCUUUGCAAACCAAGUCAGUAUCUGUGACCAGACGCAAUCGCCAUCAAACUUAAUUCUAACAAAUCCCCAAAAAAUGUUUUCCCCUUAACAACAGCUAACAUAAUAUUUUUUUCCCCGACUACCAUUUUCUAUAUAAAAACAUUAAUUUAAAUUUUUUUAUAUACUAAAAAAAACAUAUUAACUAAGUCAGUUUUUGAAGAUGGCACCCAUUGCAUUUUUUUCACAAUUUUGCACGCAAAAUUGGAAUUGGCAUUCAAGCUAUUUAUCUUAUAUUUUGCAUAAGUUUCUAUAUUUUAGAUAUCUUAAUAAUAACCAGAAUUUUUUAAGCAAUAAGAGAGUGUUGUCUCUUGUAACUCAAUUUGAAUUAAUUUUUCAGGUGUGCUUUUCUCCAUGUAGAGUUAUCCAUUAUCAAUGCAUGCCUUACAUUACUAAAAUAUUUGUAUUAAUAAUAUUUAUGGCUAAAUUUUUCAAGUAUUCUUGUUUAAAUAAAAUAUAUUAAUAUUACUGCUUAAUCUCUUAUGUAAUUUUGGUGGGAGUAUCUAGUAACUAAAUUGGUUGAAUUAAACUUGGCUCUUAAUUCUACUUUUCUUAAUUUUUUUUUUUUAGAAUUUGUUGACUUGAACACAAGGUUUUUAUGUACAUAACAUAAUUAUGUAUCAUAUAGCUAAUAACUAUAUAGAAUUUGGUACUCUUUGUAAUUUUAAAGGAGUUGCAAAAAUGAUUCUAACUUAAUCUAAGAAAUAUAUGUAUUAUUGAUUUUUA